UGAGCUCCUCCCUAAAAUCCGCAGACUGGCUCCAUUGUGCGUCAGACUGCUGCAUGGUUGUGCAGGUGCUGCAUGGAUUCAUUUCUUUCUAGCACCACGAAAUGUAAACACAUUUGCAAUUAAUAAUGGGGGGACAUGCAUUGACCCUAGAGGGUCAGACAAGAGGAGAUCCAGACACUUUUCUCUCCAGUUUGGUUGAAUUUUGCGUCGAUUCGGUGACUUUCUGUUUCUCUCCGGAUGCAGACAAACGUUGCGUCCCCGUCGGUCUCUGCUCUCUGUCUGAGCUGCUUCUACUGCUCUCAUGCUUUCUGCUCGUGUAUCAGAGGUGUGGAGGAGAUAAUCCUGGAGGAACCAUCCUGCUCCUCUACAGCCUCCUCGGUGCUCUGUGCAGCACGACUGGAGCCGUUCUGUCCAGACAGCUGCACAUCCAGGUUUUGAUGGGUGCUUUUGCAGCUGCUGUGGAUGCUGUCAGUUUGAUUUCUUGCUGCUUCCAUGUGCUCCUGUGCUGGAACUCAAAGACAGAAAGGAGGCAGAGGAUGAUGAGGGGUCGGAGGAGGCAGCACCUCCUUGCAGUGUGUGUACUGAUGGUGGUUGCAGGAGGUUUUCUAAAGUCCAGGGUGACCCAGCGCCCAGCAGACAGGCUUCUCAGCAGGAGGAAACUUCUGCAUGCCACCCUCCAAGAUAACACUGAAAUCCUUGGUUACACACUGGGCUUGCUGUCCUUUGUCAUCGCCUGUACUUCCAGGUUCCCUGCACUCUGCAGAGUAUACAGAGGACAGAUGUUGACCUGGGCCUACAUGUUCUCUGGACUGCUGUGCUCUCUGGCUGGUGUCCUUUAUGCUGCUGCCAUUCUCCUCUACGACACUCAGCUUGGCUUUCUUUUAAGAGUCAUGCCGUGGCUGCUGUCAGCAAUAUGCUGUGUCACCCUGGACCUUCUUAUUCUUGUCAUCCAUCGGUGGAAGAGAGGAACCACACAGUUGUUUGCCAGUUUUCCUCCAGACACAGAGAGCCUUUUAGGUGAGGAUAACGAUGUCAUGAAGAGACAAAGAAAACAGGUUCAUUCAUCAGUACGGACAAAAACAAAAAAUGUCCAGAAGAUGACUGAGAUGGGCCGUUACAUGGACAUCAGUGUUCAACCUGCUGGAAAAAUAUGCCUCAAGGAGGUGACGUUGUCCAAGAAGGAGGUGGAGGAGCGGCCUCUCAACAGAACGGUGCGAGUAAUCCGAGUCGACAGUUACUGUUCCUCAGAUACAUCCUGUGAUUCUUCACCAGUCAGCUCCGAUCUGGAGUGGGAUUUUGAAGCGGCAAAUGCCCAGUGGAGUGAACCAUCAGCAAAACAACAGAAUGAGUUUCCACCUCAAGAGUGGCCAACAAACCCCGAACCCUUUAACAUCUGAACCUGUGCCGUGUCGGGAUUCCCACAAUUAGUAAUAUGAUACACAUCUGAUGCAUUCAUUUGAGGGGGAAAUAAAAAAGUGUAAACACUGACCUGUUAUCUGUGUUGUUUAACUUUACAGUUUAGCUAAUGUGUGCGUAUCUUUCUCAUCACCUCAACAGGCGAGUGUG